AUGGCUGAAGUGCAGUCAUCACCACUGCCUGCCUCCGUGUCCGGCUACGAUUACUUCUCCAAGAAGCCCGAGCUUGCGCCCCACUCGGACGCCCCGUUCCUCCCGUACUGGGCCCGCUCGCCCGCCUGUGCCCAGAACUUGCUCGACUGCUCCAACGAGCCCAUCGAGUACGACCACGACGACGAGGACUACAGCGACAACUGCUUCUUCUUCCCCGAAGACUGCUCGUGGACUCCUCCCAAAGACUGGGUUGUGGAGGCGCAUCGUCAACCCGCCGCGCCGACUGCAGACUCGCAUCCCAUCAAUCUCCCUUCACAUCACCAUCUGGUAGCUGCUGGCCAUAACGCCCUCGCCGACACCAUGAUUCCCGGUCUGCCUGAUAUCAAGAUGCUGGACUCGGAGGCCCUCGGCGAUCUGCUAGAGGACAACUUGUCGCCUCCGGAGAUCACCACCAUGAUUGUGUUCGCGACGAACGGUGCCGUCUUCGCAUAUGCUUCCUCCCUUGCUUCCCGGCAACUUCGCAACCUCAGCUCCACCUACGGUGCCGCCUACACUUGCUACGCCAAGACCGCGUCGAGUGGAAAUCUGACCGGUGUCAAUCCCGCCAGCCACCCUUCCUCAUAUGUGACAGCUCCCUCAAUGUCGCUGGGUGACGUGGGAUCAAUUGUAUUUGAGCUGGACGAUUCGGUCGCCGUAGUCACGCGAGUCGCGGACAAGGUUCUUUUGGCGGCCGUCGGUCCCAAGAACCUCGACGAAAAUGCAGACGGUCCUACCGCUGAUGGUUCUACGCUGGAUGGCCCAGUUGAUCCCGGGUCUGGGAUUGGUAAUGGGACGGGUUCAGACGAGACACAAGGCAAUCAUGCUGCCAAAGGAUCGGCCUCAAACGGUGCGCCCGCCUCCCAGCAGGACGUUGACCGAAGCGCCGAUCUUUCGCGUCUUGCGAGUCUCAAUCUUUCGGCAUCUCCGUCAGUGCUGCUGGCCUUGGAGUCCAAAUGCGCUGCACUGGGUCGUUUCCUGGCAGAAAAGUUGGACGACUUGGAGAGCCCAGAGGACUUUUAA